UAGAAAAGUUACACAAUGCAGUGAGUAUUGCAAUUUCAGGCUAGUCGUUGGGCUCAAAAAUCUAAAAUAGCAGCCUACGCUCCACUCCUCCUCUGCUCUCUCUAUCUCUCCUCCUCCUUUUUCGCCCGGUGCUGCCUUUUCCCGUCGGCCCUUGAACUCAGCAGCGCUUGAUGAGACUCCGCUGUUUCCUCCUCUGCGUCAUUUACGUCCCUGAGCUCGAGCUGCGCGCACCUGGACACGCGCUCCCUCCGCUCCGGGUCCUUCAGAGUCCCGCUGCCGUUUGAUUGAGUCAUUUUUAACCGAACACUCCACACGCAAAUCUGUUUUAAUCACGACUAAAAACCGGAUCAAACUACGCUCGAGUUGGAUUAAAAACUUUGGACAACAUUCGCAAAGUUGAUUUUUGGACAUUUUGUGACGUUCUUGCACAAUUUCUCAAGUCUUACCGCGCUGAAUCGCUUUAAUUUCAACUGAAUUCUGUUUAACUUGGAUUUUAAGAUUUGCGUAACAUUUUAAAGUGGAAUUUCGUCCGUUUUUGAAGAUCAUUUUUACGCCAACUUCAGAUUUGGCGAUGCACGUUUUUCAUUUUUACGCACGAAAUGGAUUGUUUAAAAUGUUCUCUCGUUAGUUUUUGUGGGAAGUGAAAGGCGAAGGAAGAUGCAGACGUUUUUUACACAAUGAUUGCCCGGGACGAGGUGAAUGAUUGACAGCCGAGAUUGUGGAUUAAACUCGGGUUUAAAUUUCAAACCGGGAUUUGUUGGAACUCCGGCUGCGCUUCAUGAGGCAGAAAAAGACGAGGCUGGACUGAACUGCGACAGGUCCUGAACUAAAAAAACGCUGCAAAAAUGACCUUCUCCAUGGCGUCCCUGUUGCUCCUCCUCUUCCUCCUCCUCUCCUCUCCCCUCUCCAACAUGGCCGCCUCCAAAGAUCUGGUGUGUGAGCCCAUCACUGUGCCAAUGUGCCGCGGCAUCGGGUACAACCUCACCUACAUGCCCAACCAGUUCAACCACGACACUCAGGAGGAAGUUGGUUUGGAAGUCCACCAGUUCUGGCCUCUGGUCCGAAUCCGCUGCUCUCCGGAUCUCCUCUUCUUCCUGUGCAGCAUGUACACGCCCAUCUGUUUACCGGAUUACCGCAAACCUCUGCCUCCGUGUCGCUCCGUGUGCGAACGCGCCAAACGAGGCUGCUCCCCUUUAAUGAGCCAGUACGGAUUCGAAUGGCCCGAAAGGAUGAGCUGCGAAAGACUACCUAAACUCGGAGACGAGACUCUGUGCAUGGACCAAAACAGCAGUGAUACGACGACGACGAUCACACCGUAUUUUCCGAAACCGACCCAAAAACCCAGACCUCGACCCGUAAAUUCCAACUCCCCACAUAUCUGCGAUCGUGAAUGCCGCUGUCGAGAUCCUUUAGUCCCGAUAAAACGCGACUACUUCUACAAUCGCAUCAGUACGGGGCCGCAACCGAACUGCGCCCAGCCUUGCCGGCAACCUUACUUCUCCACGGAAGAGCACGCCUUCACGGGAUUUUGGAUCGGAUUGUGGUCGAUUUUGUGCUUUCUGUCCACACUGACCACCGUAGCAACAUUCUUAAUUGACAUGGAGCGCUUCAAAUACCCAGAAAGACCUAUAAUCUUCCUCGCCACGUGCUAUCUUUUUGUUUCACUGGGGUACAUUCUAAGAUUAGUAGCCGGACAUGAGCGCGUAGCAUGUAGCAGCAAUACUGAUCCACCGCACAUUUUGUAUGACACGACGGGCCCCGCGCUUUGCACACUAGUUUUCCUCCUAAUCUACUUUUUCGGCAUGGCGAGCUCAAUCUGGUGGGUCGUGUUAUCUUUCACCUGGUUCCUGGCUGCCGGUUUAAAAUGGGGCAGCGAAGCUAUUGCCAGCUACUCGCAAUAUUUCCAUUUAGCAGCUUGGCUAAUCCCCAGCAUCAAAUCUAUCGUCGUUUUAGCGCUUAGCUCCGUCGACGGCGAUCCUGUUGCCGGUAUAUGCUACGUCGGCAACCAAAACCUCGAGAAUUUACGCGGUUUCGUGCUCGCCCCGUUGGUCGUCUACCUCUUCACCGGCUCUCUGUUUUUGCUCGCCGGAUUUGUGUCGCUAUUCCGUAUUCGUAGCAUUAUAAAGCAAGGGGGGACCAAAACGGACAAGCUAGAAAGGCUAAUGAUUCGAAUAGGCUUGUUCACAGUGCUGUACACCGUCCCUGCCACUAUCGUCGUAGCGUGUUUAGUUUACGAACAACAUUAUAGGCCAGUUUGGGAGAGGGCGCUAGCUUGCUCUUGCUUGUCAGAUCCGCAGCGUUCAAGUUUAGGCCCGGAUUAUGCCGUUUUUAUGCUCAAAUAUUUCAUGUGUCUCGUUGUGGGAAUAACAUCCGGAGUUUGGAUUUGGUCCGGAAAAACGUUGGACUCUUGGAGGAGGUUUAUAGCGAGGAUUUGCCGCUGUUGGACGCAUAAAAGCACAGCCCCUCCGUCGAUGUACAGUGAAGCUAGCACAGCACUAACCGGACACACAGGCACUGGGCUAACACCGGGGAUGUACCACAAAGCUACUGCGUCUCAUAUUUAAAAACACUGGAAGAAAAACUGUUGUGAAAAUGGACAAAGAUUCACAGCACUACAUAUAUACACGUGUGUUUGGGCUGACGGCUAAAGCUCUUCAUGGACCUAAACUAGGGUGACCAGAUGUUCCUGUUUACCCGGGACAGUCCCAGUUUUGAGCCCCGUGUCCCCUGUCCCAGCAGAUUUAUACAAAAACAGUGAUUUGUCCCACUUUUAGUCAAGAAAUGUCCCAGGUGUCGCUAUUUUUUGACCAAAGGUACAUUCAGACUGCAGCCUAAAGUGACCCAAAUCCAAUGUUUUCACCCCAUGCUCCUGUAUCUGAUCUUUUAGGGCCUGUUUACAUGAGAACGACAAAAUAUUUUAUUGGAAGUGCCUUUUGUUUAAAUGGUGAUGGCGUUUUUAGGGCUUAAAAACGCAAAAAUCUGAAACCUCCAGAGUGGAAAAAUUUAAUAUGCGAAGACGCAAAACUCUGGUCAGAUCUGCUCAUGUCUCGUACGUGUUUACGUCACAUACAUCACCACCUAGCCGCCUGGCAUGCAUACCCAAUUGAAUUCCACACACUUUUGCAUUACCGUUUGCUCGCAGAUUUCCUCCUGAAAGCGCUUCUCUAAAUGCGGAAUAUAAAGUGAAAAUGCGACGUCACUUUUGCGUCUUCUGUUCAGACCAUCAUCAUAUAAAAGUAGCCUUAAUGACAGUCUGAACGACACAGAUCUGAUUUUUUUUUUUUCAAAUGCAACCCAGGCCACUUGGAUAUGUGCUCCUAAAACCGAUACAUAUCUGAUCUUUUGACAUGCGACUUCAGUCUGAAUGGACAGGUCACAUUCAUCCCACCUACACAUAACAAAUGUACACAAACGUUCUUCUUGUCACACGAAAGUUGUGUAUGAACUCUGUGUCAGUGAAGCAGCGACGCACAUAACAGUCCCACCACUCCUGGCUGCGACUCCGCACCCACAUGUUCCUUUCUACAGACUUUGCUGCCGCAGGGUUAGCCCUAUGUUCCCAUAUUUCUAAGAUUUUUCUCUAAAUAAAAUGCUAAUUUAAGUCAUUUUCAUGCUGCAUUUAUAGGGAUGAUUCAGAGUAAUUUCAACCCCUUCGCGCAAUGACCUCUACAGUACAUCUCUAGUCAACUGCUGCUGGAUAAUAGAUUGGGUGUAAUUGACGACCAUAUUGGGAGAAAUGGGGAUGAAUUCUGAUGCAAAUGGAUGAUAAAGGGAAUGAGGGAACAUAGGGCACGCUCCCCUUCUUCUCAAUCUUCUAAAACGAAUAAGCUGUACAUGUUCUGGCUCUGGUAAGACAGCAACUUUAAAGUUCACACUGGAGUUGUAUGUGAUAUGCAAGUCGCACAUGUGAAUGACCUUGCAAAAAAAAAUAAUAAUAAAAAAAAAUGGAAUUGAGCAUUAAUCCCUGCAGUCUGAAUGUAGCCCAAUUUGAUUGAAACCAGGACUAAAACAGGACUGCCACAAGUUUUGACUAAUCAGAUCCUCGCCAACAGCAAAGAGGAGGAUAAAUUAUAAUUUGUUUAGUCAAAAUACAGAAAACCAUGUUUGUAAAUGUGUCCCAGUUUUGAAUUUUGAAAAUCUGGUCAUCUUAAUCUAAGCUUCCUGUUAUUUAUGACAUUUUAAAGCAGAACUAAGUAAUCUUUUACCUCAUUGAACAUCUUUGUAGGUCCUUGUGGUGGCUAAAUAUGAAUUUUUGGGGCAUUUGAAGCAUCCAUUGUGGAAAACCAGCCUUGCAAAAUGACAACAUCGAGAAUUUUCCAGAGAAACCAUGGUUAUGCCAGCUCUAUCUCCAAAAGUUACUUAGUUCUGCUUUAAGGACAUUUUCCACAUUCAAAAGAUAAAAUAUUGUAAGUUGUAUCAACCGCUAUGACAAUAUCAUUUUGAAAGCCCUCAGAUUGUCACCAGCAAUACAAUGUUCUCAUUCACUCUGGCACCCUUAACAUAACAAAACGAGCCAUGAAGAUGCUGUUACUUUGUCUGGAAUGUUCCGCAGUAUGGCAUUAAACCCAUGCACCUUAUCUUGCAUUUUAUUCAAUUUUGCGAGUUUUAUAUGGAUCAGAAAUACCUGGAAAAACUAUUUUACUGUGAGCGGGUUGAUCCCUCCACAGAUCUGACCUGUAACCUGUCGUCAUCUGCUUGUCUCCAUAGAACUAGACAGAAAAGUAACACAGUGCAACUUUUUCAAAUGUGACUCUUCUGCUCAAACAUUGAAAACCCUUGUGGAAAAAUAUUCCUAAAUAUAUAUUAUAAAGGACACAAGUCAGGGUCCGUCUCCAAAGGUAGUAAACUACACUGAGUACUAUGGAAUCAAUUUGAAGAAAAUAGUUAAUAGUUCAAAGAACACUUUUAAAAUAUCAAGCAGAAAAUGAAAAUGAAAAUUAGCUAAUUAUUUGUGUAAAGGUGUAAAAUCUCUGUCUUUGCCUCUUUGGAAACAUGUUGAUUUUGUUCCGAGUCUUUCUCAGUUUUGUCUGAUGCUGUUUUCUUUGGUUCUGAUUGUUCCCGUUGGACUUUUUGGUGCAGUUUUGACACAAACGUGACAGGUGGGCAGGAUUUCCAUGGGUGUAUUCCCACUGGCUCAUUUAUAUUUGACGGACAGCUGAGCUUGGAGCUCCUGAAGCUGUUGUGGAUGUUUCCUGGUGAAGUUUUGGCGGUUUGUUGUUUGUCUAGUACUUCCA